AUUGAAAAUGAAAUUAAAAGUUUUGUUAUCGACAUUUAUAUUUGUGCUUAAAUUCUCCUCAAUAGUCUCACAAGUCGAGUUUUUUAUCUGUUUCUAUCAUUUGAGCAGUUCUGGAUAUGCAUGUGAAUUAGAAUUUUUUAAUCCAAAUGGAUUGAAUAACUUUGAAGACAUAGAUGGGAUGCAUUUACCAGGUUUUACUGACAGUGAUGUUGUUGAAUUGAAUUUAUUCGUAAGGACAAAUUCUCCCAACAUUCCAGCUAUAAUUUGUCAAAAGUUCAGGAAUCUUCGUUUUGUAAAUCUUGGUCAAAAUACAUUUCAAAGAGUUGAUGACUAUUCCUUCAGCAAUUGCACUUCCUUGAGUUUCUUAAUUUUGCAAGACAAUGAAAUAAGCUUUAUUAAUGAAAGAGCAUUUAUUAGGAACUCAGAACUUCGUACUUUGCACAUGAGCUUCAAUCUUAUUAAAGCAUUGCCAGAAAAUCUAUUUCAAAAUCAAAUAAAUCUUGAUUUUAUAGAUUUCAAUAAUAAUUUAAUUUCGCAACUGCCAACAAGCAUUUUCAAAAGUCUCAAAAAACUUACUCAUUGGAAUUUUGGUUUCAACCAGCUUAGCAGUCCUCGUCACGAAUGGUUUGAAAAUCUUCAAAGUUUAGAAACUUUAUAUUAUCAUUACAAUAGUAUUGCUGAACUCCCAAGAAAUAUCUUUAGUCGGCUCUUAAACGUCAAACAAAUUGAACUGUAUGGAAAUAAUUUGAAAAUGAUUCACGCAGAUUCUUUUGGAUUUUUACCAACUUUGCAAUCCUUAAAUCUAUUCUUCAACAAUAUUAAUGCAUUUGAUGGGAACCUUAUUGAUUACACUGGAAUCACUGAUGUUGAUUUAACACUUAACUUGUGCGCAAACAGAUUAAUUCAGGAUUCGUCAGCCACAAGAGCUAUAAUGAGAGCUGAACUAUCACAAUGCAUUAGAAAUUAUGAUAAUAUUAUGUCAGUUUGCCGCCAAAAUUCAAAAGAAGCAUUCGAAGUAUCAUCAAUUGACAAUAAUAAAGAGGAAUGUUCAGCCAAAGAUCAACAGAUUCGGAAAUUAGAAGCUGAGGUCAAAAUCUUGCGUAAUGUAAAUUUAAAACUUGUAAAUGACAAAGAGAAGAAAUUUUAAGGAAUAAAAGUUGAACAUGUGAUGCAUACUAAUUCAUGUUUUAAAAUUUUGUUGACGCUAUUAAAUUGCUUGGAUAUUAAAACAUUACCCUUAACUAGCGUGACCAGAUAUUUUUUGAAAAAAUAGUGGACCUGAAAGUAAAAUAGAGGACAUCCUACGUGUUUACCAAUUUUAUUCAUUUUCUGGACGAAUUAGAACAAAACAAAACUAUUUUAUUUUUGAAAAAUUAAGACUGUCCCCUUAAAAGCCAAGCAGUAGGUCAGCCCACCCUUAACCUACAUUUUAUUUGCUACAUACAUUUUCAAGUAGCCCCAAUGUCUUUAAUUCUGUGUCAUAACAGUCAAUGCUAUGAAAACCAAAGCCAGAAUUUUUAAAUAGGGUACAAGAGGAUGUACCCGUACUCCUCAGAACCCCAUUGACUAUGCCCCCCGUUAUAUCCCACCAUAAACAUUAAUAUCCAUUCCAAUUCAUAUCAUUACCCUCUAACCAGCUCACAAUAUGCUUCCCGUCAAAUUCCUCAGCAAACAA